ACAUUUAGUGUGUGAGUGAACGCAAAAAAAAGCUUGCCGAUAUUUCAUCCAUCUCCCUCGUAAAUUUUGGACAUAGGCUGAUUGACAACAAAAGCCACUAUUUUGAGGAUCAUUGUUGUUUUAAAUGUUUCCUUGUAAAUAAGUGUUGUGAAACGAGCGCCUGUAUUCGUGAUUUACACAGUGGAUGAAAAAAUAUGAAGCGGCGAAAUGCCGAAACUGGGAAGUUGCGGCGCCCCUUGAAGCGCACAAAAAUCACCGAAGGAAUGUACGGAAAUUCAAUGCUGUACCUGAAGUUUGUGAUGAUUUGGGCAACAGUUGUCAUGGCAGACUAUAUGCUGGAGUUCAGGUUUGAGUUCCUCUGGCCAUUUUGGAUGAUGCUGAGAUCAGUCUACGAUUCAUUUAAAUAUCAAGGACUGGCAUUCUCAGUAUUCUUCAUCUGCAUAGCACUCACAUCAGACAUGAUAUGUUUCUUCUUCAUACCCCUACAAUACAUAUUCUUUGCUGCCAGUACCUAUGUGUGGGUACAAUAUGUCUGGUACACAUUCGCAGACAAAGGCAUCUGCGUACCGACAGUAGCGAUAUGCUGCAUACUGGUGUACGUGGAAGGUCUUUGGCGGGGGUCUCGCGCGGGCGCCGGGGAGCUCUGCAGGCCGUUGGCGGCGCACUGCGUCGGCUACCCGGUGGUCACGCUGGGCUUCGGGGCGAAGGCCCUCAUAGCCCACCGGCUGAGGCAGCGCCGGCAGAGGCACGUUCGCGCGAUGAAUGAGUUCUAUUUCCAACUCAUGCGCGACGCGCUUCCUGAGUCUGCGUUGGACCAGUCGCAGUCUCAGACACAAGUGGCGGGCAAGGACGUCGCCAACGGCGGCGCGGACUGCGCGGCGGCCGUGGCGCAGGCGCAGCCGACGGACGCGCGGUACGCCAACGGCUCGUUGCGCCGCUGUCGGUACAAGACGGCCGACCACAACGGACACUGUCCGCCGGAACAUGUAUCCAAUAAGGUAGACAAAGUAGAGAAGCAAGUGUCGCAUACGAAUGCGAUACGCGAGAAGGCGUCACACGCGUCCAAUGGCAGCUCGCACAGCUCGGGCAGCUCGCACAGCUCACACAGCACACACAGCGCGGGGGGCGGAGCCCUGAGCAACGGCUCGGCCUGCCACGCCGCGCCCGACGAUGACGACAGACAUGACCACAGUAAAGGUGGUUCAAAGUCUUCGAAGGCGGAAAAAGAAAAGAAAGAGGCUAGCACAUUAAAAGAAGAAAAAAGAAAGAAUAAAAACAGAGAUAAGGAUAAGGACAGUAUCGAUAGUCAUAAGAGUACAGAACAUACAAAAGAACAAAUAGUUAAAGAUAAAGAAGUAGAGAGUACAAAAGAUUGUGUAAAAAUUAAGGAAAGCAGUAACAAAGAGGCUAAGGAGAAAGAGAAGGAAAGAGACAGAGAACGGGAGAGGGAGACGAGAGAGCGCGACAAGGAGCGCGAGAGGGAGCGAGAACGCGAACAGCGCGAAGCCCGCGAGUGCAUGGAGGAGCUGAAGCGAGUCCGCGCGGAGCUGGCCACGGCGCGCGCCGCCGAGGCAGAGGCACGACGCGCCCUGGCCGCCGCCGCCGCCGCCGAGCGACAGCGCCGCGCCGACCACGCGCAGCUCAAGCAGGCACACGCCGCGCUGCAGCACAAAGUGAACGCAUGGCGUACGGGCGAGCGCGCGGCGUUGGAGCGCCGCCUGGCGGACGAGCGACGCGCGCGGACCAACGCUGAGAACCAACUGCUACGGGCCAGGCACCAACCGCGCACGCCCAACGGGGAAUGCGAGAGCGAGUCGUGUAGGUCCCGUCGCGCGGCGGCGGAGGCGGAGGGCGCGCUGCUGCGGCGCGAGCUGCGCGCGGCGCGGGAGCGGGCGGCGGCGCUGGCGCGCGGGCCCGGGCCCACGGCCGGCGCCUUCGACUCCGCCGCCGAGCGCCUGCACCACCUCGAGCACUCGCUCUCCGCCGAGACGCGCGUCAAGCUCGACCUGCUCUCCGCGCUCGGCGACGCCAAGCGCAAGCUCAGCAUACAGGACGGCUUAAUAUCAAGACAAGAAAAAGAAAUAGAGGAACUGAAAGCUCAAAUGCUGGCGGUGAUGCCGACGGAGUUCGUGGCGCCGUCGAGUGCCGCGGUGUCCAAGCUUCGACUCUCGGACGGGUCACCGCUGGACCCCAACGCCUCCGUGUACACGCCCAAGCAACUAGCGCAGUGCUCCGACGCCUGAACCAAGGAACGAACGCGGCCAAGCAAGUAUUGUCUAACUUACUUCACCAAACGACGACUAGGUUGCAGCAAGAUUGUACGAAAAUGUUGAGAAAUUCUGUGUGGUGCCUGUGACACGAACAAAUUAUAUUUAGUGACGAUACAAUACACAACGUGGCAUUCUAAGGUCUGUGACAGUUUGACAUGAACAUUCUAUCGACACCGUGAGUGUUGCCAGGUACAAGAAUCAAUAACCGGUAACACAUAGCCUUUAAAUGGACAUUUAAGCUGUAAAAUCACCGGUACAUUCAAUAUUUAUACCUGGCAAUUCGUAACUAAAUUCACCGAGUACCUAUAGGUUUGUAUUGAAAUAAUUUAGACAAUACUUUAAGCCUAGACAGGUAAAAAUCUAGAAAUAUUGUAAGACCUUGCGCGUUCUUCCUAAACCGAGCUUCGACCCUUACCCAAGCCGUGCUGGUCUUUGUAUGGGCGUUUUCUGAUCUCAAUUUGUUUUUUUUUUUGUUUUCUAAUUGAUAAUGCAAGCUGACAAGAUGUUUUCGUUAAUUUAUUGUGUUAGUUAAAAUUUAAACGUGAUUUUUUUGUAAGUCAAAGUAAGAAAGCAGGCGAGAGACUUGGCUCACACUUUUGUUAAGAUUGAUUUUGAAAAUUUUCUGUUCUUGACUGAUACAUUUCUUUUUGGGAUUUUACUGGUCAUUCUUAACUAGAGUCGAGUCCGAUCGCCCGCAAAUGUCCAUACAAAUAUCGGUAGUCUAAGAAAUUAACUGGAUAUACUUAAAAUAUAAAAAAAAAAAUAACAAGUGUGUUAGUUUUGUAACAGUGUACGUACAUAUUUCAAGACAGAGCGUUUAUUUUUUCAUAAUAUUAAAAUAAUUGAAUUACUUACACACGUUUGUGGUGACUACCCUUUGGUCUUUAUCGAUGUGAGUUUCCCCGGAGUAUGUAACUCUCGUGAACUGUCACCCGACACUGUGACGACGGCGUUCGCUUUACUGUGCGCACAAUUACGGUCAUGUUUCACUGUAACUGCGUCCAAACCAGCGAACAUUUCAAUAAACCUUAGCCGGUAUUGCGUUCCGUUGAAAAGUGAAUCUUAAUGUCAUACGUUAAGAUACAUUUUCCAACGACACAGGAGUCGCUGCAUUUUUCAGCAUUUCUUCAAAAUGUGACCGUGCAAUGAUCUCUUCAAGCAUAAUCUGUGUGAUCAACAGUCCACUGUGUGACUCGCUGCUGCAGUUAUAUAAAUGCGUGUUCUUUUUAAAUUUUAUGUGAUAAAUUGUACAAAUUAAGAUCUGAGAUCGAGUCUUCUUCCUUGUAUAUUAAAUUUGUAGUUUUAUUCGACGUUUUUAGUCCAAAUUUGUCUGUAUUUACGUGUGGCGCCACCUGGCGGUACGUUCGAGAACUACCCGCGUGGCGCCCACAUUUUCUUGUUGAACUUGCGAUUUGAGUAUUGUUUGACGUGUGACAGCAUUUUGACAGAUGAUGGGAACCAUGACAGUUGUGAUUUUGACAGAUGUUCCGGUUUGGUAAAACUGCUCCUGUGUUUUUGAACUCUACGGAUGUCUGUGGACUUUUCUAACUCGAAAAUUCGUACUUAAACAUUUGGGAAACGUUUCUAAAUUUGCUUUAAACAAUAUUUUACUAAACCAUGGCCAGUAUUAUGGAGAAAAAGCCACAGAUAUCCAUAGACAUUCUUCCUUUACGAUAAGUUGUAAACAUACGUAAUAAUCGCCUAAAAGAUUGUACCCCAAACAUAUUACAUUAAUUAGCACAACAUUAUAUUGAUUUAAAAUACCUGUGGAAUCACUUCGCAACUCAAAUCUUGCUUUGAGGUUCAUAUUUAUUAUGUUGACAGAUAGAUAUAAAUUGACGCUGCAAAAUUUGCAAAGCAUCCGCCUUGUAUUGUCCAAAUACUCAAACGACGACGUGAAAUAUUUCAUGAUUGUGUUUGAGUGAAAAAAAUAACUCAUAAAAACUACUUUUUUUUUUUUCAAACUUGCUAGAAACCUCGCUUAGUAUUUUAUUUACUACAUAAUGUACCUUAAUUAAUAUGUCUCGAGUCUGUUGUUUUGCCAGAUCUUUAAAAAUAUGAAAUGGCAAUUUAUUUUUUGUUGCUAUUCCUUGGUCAGUACCCUUAGUAUGAGUAAUCUAUAAAGUAAUUAAACAAGAUCUGAUUGGUUGGUUUAUUCGAGCCGGCCAAUCAGAGCGCCGUACGCGCUCUCGUUUCGAUUACUUUAAACGUAAACUCGUACUAAGGGUACAGAAUGGCCAACUGCUCUAGCCACUGAGAUUAAAAACUAAAGAUUUGCAACUGAUAUCCACAGAUUUUUAUAGAAUCUCUUACAAAUAUAUUAAAUAGACUUUCUACGUAUAAAUAGACGAUUAUUUUCAAAAAAUAUUGCACAACGCGUUAUUUAAAAAAGGACUUUGUCCCGCCUCUAAAGGUGCUGGCACCAAAUACUGUUAUAUUUUUGAAUUUGGAAGGGACAUUGCUUUUUUUUAAAUGCCGCGUUUAGUUACUUCGGACAUAAAUUUCUAUGUAAGCAAUAGUUUUUAAAUAAUUUUGUAAAAAUGUUAAGAAUAAUAUCUCAUUGUAUAAGUACAGUUGUGUGUGUUUUAAGUAAUUGUUUGUGGUUUAUUAUUAGGUACCUACUAACUAUGAGGACAAAUUCGACUGACUUUUAUUUUUUUUUAUAAUAAGUUGUAAAAGUAAAAGAGAUUUUGUAUCGAAACAAACAUUUGUUUUGACUUAUUUUUAGAAAAAAAAAUAGUAUUAUUGAUGUGGUCUUGUAUAUUGUUGAUCGAAGAAUAUACAAUGAGGUAUUAAUUCUGAAUUAAACUUCAUCCAUCCAUACCAAUGCCAAUAGACUUGUAAUUACGUUCUUCCCACAGUAACCUGUACCCUUAGUACGAGUUUGCUUUACGCUUAUUACGGCGCUCUGAUUGGUUGGUUUAUUCGAGCCGGCCAAUCAGAGUGCCGAACGCGCUCUCGUUUCGAUUACUUUAAACAUAAAACAAACUUGUACUAAGGUUACUGCUUCCAAAACCGACUCUGUUGCAUUUAUACAAUAGUACAAUUAAUUUUAUAAUGAAAUAAACCCAUCAGUUAAUUUACUAAGCGACGGAAUUGUAUGAACAUAGUUUAAAAAUGGAUUCGUAUAGUGUAGUUGUAAUUGGUUGUAAAGUGCGUUCAUUUUUCGCACUAUUUUCGAUGUUGAUGCGUUCAAUUGAAGUGUUUUUGUGUGCCAAUUUAUUCUGUCUAUGUAUAGCUCGGCCUUGUAUACUUGUUUAGUAGAUAGAUAAUGAUAUCUUUAGAACUUUAAACGGGAUAUUUACCAUGUUUAUUAGUUUUUGUGUGAAAUAUCGGAAAAACUAAUAAACAUGGUAAAUAUCCCGUUUUAAGUUCUAAUGAUAUUACUAGUGACCAUGUCAGUUUAAAAACUUAGAUAAAUAAUGAUCCCAGUACUUCACAGCGUGUUUGUUUUGUUGGUAAACAUUUGCACUUUAUGGUUGUAUUCGUGACACGUUUGUUGAUGUCGGUUUUCUGGGAUCGAUUGAAGAUUUAUCUUCAUAAUUUAUUUAAACUAUCGCUCAGUUCAUUGUUUUUUACUCAGUCUAAGUGCUUGAUAAGCACGUUAAGCAUUUUUUUUUAUCAAUUUGAUAUUAACGUGAAAUAGAAUAAGUUUAAACAUAAUUUUGUUAUAAAUUUCGUGAGACAUACUAAAUUAAUUAUUAUGUUAUCGGCUUACUCACGUAACUGUUUGACGAGGAACUCGACUAGUUUCAAUCCAUGCUAGGAUGAUUCCAGGCAGAGGGCGCGAAACUCGAGUCGCCAGUAGCAGCGCGACAAUCGCCGCGUCGUGUGUCGCGGAAUGCUGCUCAUGAAUAUGAGCCUCUAACAUGGCUUGAAACUAGUAGAGUUCCUCGUCAAACAGUUACCUGAGUAAGCCGAUAACAUAAUAAUUAAGUUUAAACAUAUUCUGACACUCAUAUUAUGCUGUCAUUUAAGUAAAAUCUCCAGAUUUUGUUGUAUUUUCUCAUCUACAUUAUAAGUAUACAAGGUUACAAAGAGCUCCCACAUUCACAAGAUACGCGAUGUAACGCACAUUGGAUACAACAAGCUAUAAAAUGAACAUUUCCGUAUUAUUUUUGAGAUUUUGUACCGUUCACUCUAGUCUUAUAUAAGGUCGAUACUACACUGCCGCGGUUUCUAUGUCGCUAGUCAGUCGUAUUUUAUAUCAGGAAGGAUUUAAAAGCGCGUACAUUUACAUGUAUCAGUUAGGUGUCCAAGAUGAGAUUGUCAUCACAUUUACAAAUGUAAUUUACGAUCGUGUCAUCACAUGCAAUUUGUGUUUAAAAUAGUUGAGUGAGAUUAACGUUCCGGUGCAGACAGUGUGUAUCGGCCUUUACAGUUAUUUGUAAACCUAAGUUUUAGGCGUUUAGUUUUUUUUUUUUAUUUAUAACGGACUGCGCACUGCCCUUGAAGUUGAACUUCCUACCUUUACUUUGGAACUACGUAAAAUGAUUGUGAAAGUACUUAAUUUAGAUGUUUAGACUUGAUGUGAUUAUUAUUUUCGAUAAUGAAAUCUGUACGCAGCAGAUGGCGAUGUAUAUUUUUUCAUGAAACCGGACGAAACAACGGGAACGUUAUCGUGCGUAGGAACAAACGUACAAUGGAACGAUUUGAAUUUUCACUAGUGAAAUGUAAGUGAUAAUGUUUGUUUGUAUUAUAAACAGAUGCUGUAACAGCAAUAAAAAAUCAGACUUGCAA